CCGUGCUGCACCAACCAGGGCCUGUCCCCGUGCUGCACCAACCAGGGCCUGUCCCCGUGCUGCACCAACCAGGGCCUGUCUUGGUUCAAGUCAGGAUUUGAAAUAAACAUAAAAGAAUAGGUGAUAUGCACAUCCUAAACUUGAGUAUAAACAGAAUAUUUCCUACUUUAUUAAAGUAGCUCCCUAGACCUCUGUUUGUUUAUCUUGUUCUAUUUCCAUAUAUUGUGUGUGUGCGUGUUCCCCCCUCUGUAAAGGUUAAUUCUAUAUCCUGUCUGUCAUAAGUGCUGUAGUCAUGUACAGUAGCUGUUGCUGUAAAUAAACCCCUUUUCAGGUUGACUCUGUUCCGAUGCCUCAGUCAUAAUAGUAACUGCGGGGUUUAUGAAAUAGAAUGACAUAUUAUGAAUCAUUUAAAAUAUUAUUUUGUGUUCAGAAUGCCUGUCUGUGACAGAACAUGUUAACGAUUGACAGUUAUUGGCUCUUCAUAUGGUGUUAUGAAGUAAGUCACUACACUACAGUCAGCCGUGUGCCCGUUGACCCCCGGUACAGUGAUGACAUCACAUGACUGACUGUAAGUCACCACACCACUGGUUGGACUAGUUACCCGACCCUCGAGGAAGUAUGCUCUGUUCUCUUUAAGUCCGUAGUAAACAGAUUCCAUCUUGUCUUUUUUCUUUCUCUCUCCAGCAAUCUACCUUGUGUUCAAUCGGUAAAACAGCACUCCCUCCUAAAAUGAGUCUCUCAGAGGUGAAUGAGGCGGGCGUUGACGCAAACAGGCGUAUCUUUGAGGACCGUGACGCUGUAAAAGAGUCUGAAAGGCUCCAUCCGGAGAGACCAGCCUCCCCUGUACCCAGCUGUCUGUCCAUGAAGGAGAGACCAGCCUCCCCUGUACCCAGCUGUCUGUCCAUGAAGACUGACCGGUCUAUGGAUGAUCCUGUAUAUUUCAGACCGGAGAGACCAGCCACCCCUGUACCCAGCUGUCUGUCCAUGAAGGAGAGACCAGCCUCCCCUGUACCCAGCUAUCUGUCCAUGAAGAGUGACUGGUCUAUGGAUGAUCCUGUAUAUUUCAGACCGGAGAGACCAGUCUCCCCUGUACCCAGCUGUCUGUCCAUGAAGAGUGACCGGUCAGUGGAUGCACCUGUAAUAACAGAACCAAAAGUCCAAUGUGAGAAACUACAGAUUGAGGCUGCCCAGAAUCAACGAACGGAUCUGAACUCAAUAUUCAUGGUGCUUGAAGACCGGGUCGUUGUUUUGGUAAAACGUGAGUUGAAGAGGUUCAAGAGGAUACUGGAUGAAGUUCAGAGGGAGGAUGAGGAAGUGGUAGAUGGUGAAGAUGAGAAGCAGGAGACCAGUGCCAGAGAGGGGGCUCUGAAGAUCACACUACACAUCCUGAGGAACAUGAACCAGAAGGAGCUCGCUGACACACUGGAGAACAGUCUUCUAGGAGAACUUGUUGCAUGUCAACAGAAACUCAAAUCCAAUCUGAAGAGGAACUUUAAGAAUGUGUUUGAGGGAAUAGCCAAGCAAGGAAACCCAACCCUUCUCAGUAAGAUCUACACAGAGCUUUACAUCACAGAGGGUGGAAGUGGAGAUGUCAAUCAUGAACAUGAGGUGAGACAGAUCGAGGUAACGUCCAAGAGACCAGCAACACAAGAGACGCCAAUCAAAUGCAACGACAUCUUUAAACCUUUACCUGGACAAGACAAAGAAAUCAGGACUGUGUUGACAAAGGGUGUCGCUGGCAUUGGAAAAACUAUCUCUGUGCAGAAGUUAAUUCUGGACUGGGCUGAAGGAAAAGGAAAUCAUGAUAUCCAAUUGAUAUUUCCACUUCCUUUUCGAGAUCUGAAUAUGAUGAAGGGGAAUAAAUACACCUUGAUGGAAUUUCUUCGUCACUUUUUCACGGAAAUCAAAGAAUCAGGAAUCUCCAACUUUGACAAGUACAAGGUUCUGUUUGUUUUCGAUGGUCUGGAUGAGUGUCGACUUCCUCUUGAAUUCAAGACCAAUGAGCACUGUUGUGACGUCACAAAGUCAACGUCAGUGGACGUGCUGCUGACAAACCUCAUCAAGGGGAAUCUUCUUCCCUCUGCUCUCCUCUGGAUAACCUCCCGACCAGCAGCAGCCAAUCAGAUCCCUCCUGAGUGUGUCGACCAGGUGACAGAGAUACGCGGGUUCAAUGACCAACAGAAGGAGGAGUACUUUAAGAAGAGAUACCACAACGAGCAGAACAUGGCCAACAGAAUCAUCUCACACAUAAAGACAUCAAGGAGCCUCUACAUCAUGUGCCACAUCCCAGUGUUCUGUUGGAUCUCUGCCACUGUCCUAGAGACGCUGUUGGGUGACGCAAAGAGCGGAGAGAUGCCCAAGACGCUGACUCAAAUGUACAAACACUUCCUGAUCUUUACCAUACUGCACAAAAAACAGAAAUUUCUAAAAGGACCAGAGGAAGCGGAGUCAGAUUCACAGAUGAAAACAGACGAGGAGAUAUUAUUGAAAUUGGGAGAACUGGCUUUCAGACAGCUGGAAAAGGGGAAUCUGAUAUUCUACGAGAAAGACCUGAGAGAGUGUGGCAUUGAUGUCACAGAAGCGUCCGUCUACUCAGGAGUGUGUACACAGAUCUUCAGAGAGGAGAAUGGACUGUACCAGGAGAAGCUGUACUGCUUUGUUCAUCUGAGCAUCCAGGAGUUUCUGGGCGCCGUGUACGUGUUUGUCACAUUCAACAACGACAGUUUAAAUCUAAUGGCAGAACCUGAAACCACCACCAGACACCACCAGAUGUCUGGUGACAACCUACAGACAAACCUCCACAAGAGUGCAGUGGACAAGGCCUUACAGAGUGAGAACGGUCACCUGGAUCUGUUCCUCCGCUUCCUUCUGGGUCUCUCGCUGGACUCCAAUCAGACUUUUCUACCAGGCCUACUGACACAGACCGCAAGCAAGUCACAGACCAAUGAGAUAACAAUCAAUUACAUCAAGGAGAAGAUCAGGGAGAAUCUCUCUCCAGAGAGGAGCAUCAAUCUGUUCCACUGUCUGAAUGAACUGAAUGACCAUUCUCUAGUGGAGGAGAUCCAAAGAUACCUGAGAUCAGGAAGUCUCUCUAGUGCCACACUGUCACCUGCACAGUGGUCAGCUCUGGUCUUUGUGUUGCUUACUUCAGAAAAGGAGCUGGAUGUGUUUGACCUGAAGGAAUACUCCAGAUCAGAGGAAGGCCUUCUGAGGCUGAUGCCAGUGGUCAAAGCCUCCAGGACAGUCCUGCUAAACGGAUGUAACCUCACAGAGAGAUGCUGUGAAGCGUUAGCCUCUGUUCUCAGUUCAAACCCCUCCCAGCUGAGAGAACUGGACCUGAGUGAAAACGACCUGCAGGAUUCAGGAGUGAAGCUGCUCUCUGCUGGACUGGAGAGUCCGAACUGUAAACUGGAGACACUGAGGUUGUCAUUCUGUUUAGUCACAGAGGAAGGCUGUGGUUCUCUGGCUUCAGCUCUGAGGUCAAACCCCUCCCACCUAAGAGAGCUGGACCUUACCCACAAUCACCCAGGAGACUCCGGAGUGAAGCUGCUCUCUGCUGUAGUGGAAGAUUCACAAUAUAAACUGGAGAAACUCAGUGUGGAUCAUAAUUCCGAGUGUUGGUUAAAAUCAGCACUUAAGAAAUAUGCCUGUCAAUUGACACUGGAUCCAAACACAGCAUUCAAAAACCUCUCUCUGUCUGAGGAGAACAGAAAGGUGACACGGGUGGUAGAGGAGCAGACGUAUCCUGACCACACAGAGAGAUUUGAGAACUGGGAUCAGGUGCUGUGUAGAGAGGGUCUGACUGGACGCUGUUACUGGGAGGUGGAGUGGAUGGGGCACGAGGUCCAUAUUGGUGUAACAUACAGUGGAAUAGGAAGGGAAGGAAGGGGUCAUGACUGUGGGCUUGGAUACAAUAACAAGUCCUGGACUCUUAGUUGUAAUAAUGAUAUUUACACUGCCAGGUACAAUAAGAAGCCCACAACCGUACCUGACCACGCCUUCCGCUCCCACAGAAUAGGAGUGUAUCUGGACUGGCCGGCCGGCACUCUGUCCUUCUACAGCGUUUCCUCUGACACAAUGACCCACCUGCACACAUUCCACUCCACAUUCACUGAGCCCCUCUAUCCAGCAUUUCGGAUCUGGCACUGUGGCGCCUCUCUGUCCCUGUGCCAGGUACCGCUGAGCCAGGUACCGCUAAGCCAGGUAUCGCUGUGCCCCAGUGAAUACAAAGAGAGUAUUUAAAUGACAAAUGAACUGCAGCUUUGACAACCAGAAUGCGAAUCUUGUGGGAGCUCUGGCCUCAGGCCAGUGACAUGUUUUCAUCUGUCACAAGGGGAACUGUAGAGCACUUUAAAGCCUAGAUGUAGUUUGCAUAUAUCCAUUGUGCACUUAUCAGAAGUUGACUGUAUUUUGUGUUCAAGUUAUUAAAGUAUCGAACUAUCAGAAUUCUAAGGUUGACAUUUUCAGUUCGAGAUCUGUGAUAUUAUUAUUAGUUAAAAAAGCCUUUGUUUUGUAGAUCAAACGUUGAUGCGACAACACAUUUUUUUGUGUGUACAGAUUCUGUCGUUUAACCUGAGUUUUAUUCUUGGAUCGCUGAUUCGCUCGUUCAUGCCUGCCUUCACAACGAAGGGAAUGAGUUCAUUCAUGCCUGCCUUCACAGCGAAGGGAAUGAGUUCAUUCAUGCCUGCCUUCACAGCGAAGGGAAUGAGUUCAUUCAUGCCUGCCUUCACAGCGAAGGGAAUGAGUUCAUUCAUGCCUGCCUUCACAGCGAAGGGAACGAGUUCAUUCAUGCCUGCCUUCACAGCGAAGGGAACGAGUUCAUUCAUGCCUGCCUUCACAGCGAAGGGAACGAGUUCAUUCAUGCCUGCCUUCACAGCGAAGGGACUGAGUUAAUUUAACUGUGGAUUUAAAAUACAGUGAAUAUUAUGCGUUGUCUCAAUGUAAAACUACACCACCAAGGAAGAUUCCUUAAAAAACACUCAAUCAGGGAGAAAGAGAGUGGACGGUGUGGGGCGUGGAGUAAUGUAGUGAUGUUUUCCCAUAGAAUAUGUACAUUAAAUAUAUCAAAUCAAUUUUUAUUUUUAUAUGCCAAAGAAAAUGAAAGCGGUUCUUUGUUUAAAAAAUAUAUAUUUUCAAUAAAUAAAAAAGAAACAAGUCA